CCCUCGAGAAACUUGUGGAGCGCGGCCGUGCGUCGAUCAUGAGCAACAACAAACUCGACGACGAACAACAGGAGGGCCAAAGUCUUCCAGCAACGGUUCAUCUGGAUCUGGCCUCACAAAAACCGGCAGAGAAAAACGCAGAAAACGUGACCACCAAUUCUACUUGCGACAUGUGGAAGAUCUCCCCGGUGGUCGAGAGAGCAGUUUACCAGGAAAGGGUUGAUAUCAAAUGUAAAAAUGUCUGGGUCUGGAAGAUUGCCAGGUUUGUCAUGUAUAUUUUGCAUGACUCCUGAUACCUGUGACGCAUGCCCUAGCAUCACAGAUUUUGUGAGAGCUUCCUGAUGCCUAUACCGCAUGACAAAUGCUCUUUCCGUGUAGCAAAACUUGGACUCUCUUUGCUGCUCAUGCAACACUGAUUUUUUUAGAAUCCAAAAUUAGCAUGACAAGUUGGAUUCUUCCAGACCCAGACAUUUUUACAGUUGAUAGUUGAGGCCUGCCGACAACAUCUGCUCGCCGGAGACUCCUACGAACUCUGCCUCACCUACGGCGUUCUCAAACGUUACAUUCUCAACUGUUACAUGGAUUUGUGAUGCAAGAAUGGGAAAAAUGAAAGGGGGGGCAUUGCGCGUCUUGCAUGACAGAUUUGGCACAGAUUGUCAGCCUGUUUGGCCCUUCCAGAAUUUGUCAUGCAGAACAGCUUGAUCGUGUAGAUGAUAAUGGUAGUUUUGCAUGACAAAUCAUGUAACAGUUGAGAAUGUAAUUGUAACAUUUGAGAACUCCAUAUCACCACACCGUGGUCGUGUGCUGGAGUAGCUUCUCCCGAAAAUCAGGCGUGCUGCACGACUCAGGAGCAACAUCCACAUAAUUCUAGUAACAAUGGUGACCACGACCAGCAGCAGCAUGAUCUUCCAGUGGGUGGUUCUCUUGAUCAUGAUCCCUUCGCUCUGUACAGCCGACUGCGCCGCAAGAACCCCGCCCCCUACGGCUGCUAUCUCGAAGUUCCUUUGCUAGGGCUUAAAAGUCAUCUCCGGCAACAUGAGCAAGAGAGGCACGACCUCUUCCACUACGGAAGAGCUCCAUCAAAGCCUAGUACGACCUCAUCCUCAUCUAGCGCCAAAGAGUGCCGCCUCACCAGUGUGAGAAUUGAGACCAGUGGUGUGUUGCACGUUUUGUCCUCCUCGCCGGAGUAUGAAAUGCAAAUAUGUCUGGGUCUGGAAGAAUGCAACUUGUGAUGCUGAAUUUGGAUUCCAAAAAAAUUUGUAUUGCAGCAUGAGCAGCAAAGGGCGUGUAAUUUUUGCUACGCGGAGAGGGCAUUUGUCAUGCGGAAUAGGCAUCGCGAGGCCCUCAAAAAAUCUGUGAUGCUAGGGCAUGCAUUACAGACAUGAUGGCCCAGGCAAAACAUGCAUGACAAGUCUCAGAAUCUUCCAGACCCAGACAUUUUUACAUUUGAUACGGAGCGUUUUCUCAAGGUGGACCUUGCCGGCUGGGCGGAGAUGAAGCCGAUCAAGGGCACUGCGCGGCGGGGCGACUCUGCGGAGGAGGACGAGGCGCUGCGGCACUGGCUGCAGCAUGAUCGGAAGAACCGGGCAGAGAACUUGAUGAUUGCCGAUCUGGUGCGGAACGACCUGGCCAAGGUCUGCGAACCGGGGUCAGUGCACUGCCCCAACCUGAUGCACGUCGAGUCCUACCAGACCGUGCACCAGUUGGUGUCCACGGUGCGCGGCAAGUGCGCAGGACAAAGACGAAGCACAACUAGUUGUACAUCAGAUGAGCGGAAC